AAAUGAAUAACUGGUACGGAACCAAUCGGAGAUUUGUUGCUAGAAUCGAACUUUGUCGUAAAAUUUUUAUACAGAGUGGCAGAUCUAUCCGUGUAUAUAAUCUUUGUCUAUGGCUACCAAAAAUUUUUGUCACUUCGAUGGAGUUUUAAGGUUAUAAGUAUUCGUCAAUUUCAUUUCUAACGAAAUUGUUAUAUUUAUUCAAUUUCUCAGAAUAAUGGGAACGUGUAGCGAAUAUAUAAAAUCGAUUUUUCCUUUAAUAGAUGAUGACUUAAAAAAAUAUGUUGAAGAUGUCCUGUUAAACGGUGCAGAUGAGUUUGAAGACAGCGACGAAGUUUAUGAAGCUAUAGGAGAAGUUUUGCAAGAAAUAUCCAAUGAUAAGUCCGAAGAAGAUAUCAGGAAUAUAUGCGAUCAACUACUUUGUAUGUUAAAACCUGAAAGGACUAAAGCAACUGCUAAUGGAGCAAUGAAAGUAUUAAAUGCACCAGUUCAUUUAGGUUCUAUGGUAGAUAACACAGGGCAAAAUGUAGAAGAUGUCAAAAGCAUAUGGCUGAUACAAAGAGACGAUUCACUGAAAGUUGAUGCAAAAAAAUUAGAAAAAGCCGAAGCCAAAUUACAAGAAAAACAAGACAAGAGAACUAAAGAAGUGAAAACAAUUGCACCACCUAAGCUACAAACUGCUACAGCAUCUCAAGUUACCAGUAAAAAAGAUAGUAAAUUGGAAGCCAAAGGUACUAACAGAACACAGGAUAUUAGAAUAGAGAACUUUGAUGUUGCAUAUGGAGACAGGGUGCUACUACAAGGAGCUGAUCUAACACUAGCUCAUGGUAGAAGAUAUGGUCUUGUUGGUCGAAACGGCUUAGGAAAAAGUACUUUACUUAGAAUGAUUUCAAGUUUUCAGCUAAGAAUUCCUUCACAUGUAUCGAUUCUUCAUGUAGAACAAGAAGUUAUAGGAGACGAUACUUUGGCAUUAAAUAGUGUUUUAGAAUGUGAUACUGUAAGAGAAGAGUUGCUUAAAAGAGAACGAGAGAUUAAUGCAGCCAUUAAUACUGGCUCUGUUGACCCUCUGCUGAAUAGCCAAUUGACAGAAGUAUACAACCAAUUACAAAACAUAGAAGCAGAUAAAGCACCAUCUAAAGCUUCUAUAAUUUUAAAUGGUUUAGGUUUUACAUCAGAAAUGCAACAGAAUGCGACAAAAACGUUUUCUGGGGGAUGGAGAAUGAGAUUAGCAUUAGCACGUGCUCUAUUUUCAAGACCAGACCUUCUACUUCUUGAUGAACCUACGAACAUGUUGGACAUUAAAGCCAUCAUUUGGUUAGAAAAUUAUCUACAGAAUUGGCCAACGACGUUACUUGUGGUAUCUCAUGACAGGAAUUUCCUAGACACUGUACCUACUGACAUUUUACACCUGCAUUCUCAAAGGAUAGAUGCAUAUAGGGGUAAUUAUGAACAAUUUGAAAAAACUAAAACCGAAAAACUGAAAAAUCAACAAAGAGAAUAUGAAGCUCAAAUGCAACAACGACAACAUGUUCAAGAAUUCAUUGAUAGAUUUAGAUAUAAUGCAAAUAGGGCCGCCUUGGUUCAAUCUAAAAUCAAAAUGUUGGAAAAACUUCCUGAAUUGAAACCAAUUGUUAAAGAAGUAGAAGUGGUACUCAAAUUACCAGACACAGAAACUCUCUCACCCCCUAUUCUGCAACUUGAUGAGAUUAUGUUUCAAUAUACAUCUGAACGGGUUAUAUUUAGUAAUGUUAAUCUUGGUGCUACAAUGGAUUCAAGAAUAUGUAUUGUUGGUGAUAAUGGUGCCGGUAAGACUACACUUUUAAAGAUCAUUAUGGGAAUUUUAUCUCCUACGUCUGGAAUGAGACAUGUACAUAGGAAUCUAAAAUUUGGUUAUUUCAGUCAGCAUCAUGUAGACCAAUUAGAUAUGAAUGUUAAUUCUGUGGAAUUACUCCAACAGACCUAUCCUGGUAAACCAAUUGAAGAAUAUAGAAGACAAUUGGGUAGCUUUGGAGUAUCUGGCGAUUUAGCAUUACAAACAGUAUCAAGUUUAUCAGGAGGUCAGAAAUCUAGGGUGGCAUUUGCAAGAAUGUGCAUGGGUCGACCGAACUUUUUAGUCCUAGAUGAACCUACUAAUCAUUUAGAUAUAGAAACCAUUGAAGCAUUAGGAAAAUCUAUUCAAAAAUAUACGGGUGGUGUAAUUCUAGUUUCCCACGACGAACGACUUAUACGAAUGGUCUGCAAUGAAUUAUGGGUCUGCGGAAAUGGCUCAGUUAAAAGUAUAGAAGGAGGUUUUGAUGAAUACCGCAAAAUAGUGGAACAAGAGCUAGAAGCUGCAGCACAAACAAAAUAACAUUUUUCAUUUAUUAAAUUGAAAAUAAAAGCACUGUGUUUCAGGCUUCAUGAAAUAUUAAGAUCGUGACUGUUCCAAAUAUUGCUCUCAAAACAUUAAGUUUUUUCCCAUUUUAUGGGAAUGAAUAUAAUAAGAUGAAAGAAUAAAAUAACAUUUAAAAAUGGUGCUUAUUUCCACUCAUUGUAAUUAUUAAAGCAAUUUGAGUCAGCACUUCUUGCUGAACAGUAAAUGGCAACCCAGCAUUUAUUUUAUGAAGAAAAUUCAGUUUUUGUUGUAGAGUAUUUCAACAUAACAACAACAUGACUUUUGACAGUACAAUAGUCAGCACUUAUGGAAAUUUUAAAAUUCACAUAUAUUUUCUUUAUUUCUAAAGAGCAUUAACUCAAAUUUCUUUUUGGUCAGUGCUUUCACCUGCUUUAUUCAGUAUUAUUAAACCUCUACUUUAUACUCUUUAUAGUUAUAAAUACCAACAUUUUUUCAAACUACAAUGAAUAAAAAAAUAGACAUUAUAUUUUUGGCAGCAUUUGAAAUUACUGGUUUCAAAUAACUUACAAUGUCUAACCACAACAGUCCUUAAAAUCUAACUGAUUAUGAAAGUUGUGAGAAAGAAAUAAAUUUUUUUGCCUACUAUAUAGUUAUUCUUUGAAAUUAUACAGAAGUGAUAUAUUUGAUGUUUUUAAAGGGGGGACAUGAGCCAAAAUUUUAAAUUUUUCUUUAAAAAAAAACAAAUAUUUUUUAUUGGCUUGAAAAAUUCUUUGAACCCUUUAGAAUUCACUGGUAUGACCAAUUUUGUUUUCUAACAAUUAUAAUUUUAAAAAUCUAAUACGUAUUUGAUUUUUCGUAGUCACUUGCAACAAAACACUCCAAAUAAACCAAACGCUGCGCCCUCCAAACAAUCAUUUUCGCGCACGGUCUGCAACCUGCAAUAAACUAUUUUGCGUGCUUAUUUGUGUGUUUGUCGACAUGGAUGUAACUGAUAUUACUAUAACCGCUGGUUUCUUUUUAAUUGUAGAGGUAUUAGCGGUUAAUAG